AGGCUCGGCCCCAGCCCUGCCUGGCCCAGCUGCCUGCACGGGUGCCCGCCACGCCUGCACCCUCCUGGCACGGCGGGCAGCGCCCAGCUCGGUGCCCUCUCCUCUGGACCGUGGCGGGUCAGUACUGCGUUGGUGCUGGGGAGGAGGAAGAGGAGGAAGAGGAAAAGGCUGCUGGGUGCUCACGGUGCUGCCCCUCUUGGGGUGGCCUCGGUGGGGGUGAUGGGGCUGCACCCGGCGUUAGAGGCUCCUGACCCUCUGGCCUGGGAGGGCUCCCCAAAGCGCCCCGGAGGGAUGUUGGGACUCUGUGCGGACGCUGCUGCUUUCAAACCCUUCGGGCAGCCGUGCUGAAGGAGUCUCCUGCCCUGGAGCAGCACCCACGUCCCGCAGCCAGCCCCGAGGGGAGCCGGCGGGCGGGGGGCGAGCGGGGCGGCUGCUCUGGCCCCCCUGAUGGAGCCGGCGGCGGGCGAGGAGGCAGAACCUGGGCCGCCGGCGGUGCAGGCAGCCGCUGAGGAAGGCUGUGCCGGGCAGCGGGACGAGAGCGAGACCGUGGGGUCGGGGGACCCCGGGGAGCCGUCCCAACACUGUGGAGAGGCAUCUGCUGCUGCCUGGAGAUGCUGGGAGCUGCCACCGACGGAGGAUGCCAGGGAGCCGCUCCUGCCCGGGCAUGAGCAGCCGCCUGCCCACGGUGCCUCCCUGCCCGCGGGGCAGGACCCUCCCGCUGCCGACACCGGCCCCGUCCUGCCCCGCGGGAAGAGCCCAUGGCCCAGCUCCGAAAGUGUCUACAGCUCCAUCCUGAGCCUCUUCGGCGAGGCAGAGAAGGCAUCGGGCGAUGGCGCGGCGGUGGCAGCGGAGCCGUGCCCCGCGCUGGCGGGCAGCGAGGACGAGUGCCCCAUCUGCACGGAGCCCUACGACGAGCAGCGGCACAAGGCGGCCGUGCUGAACUGCAGCCACGGGCUGUGCCGCGCCUGCCUGCGGGCCAUCAUGGACACGGCCACGGGCGCCGAGCUGGGCCGCGUGCGCUGCCCCAUCUGCCGCCAGAAGACGCCCAUGCUGGAGUGGGAGAUCUGCAAGCUGCAAGAGGAGCUGCUCCUGCUGCACGCCCAGCCCGGCUCCCCCGGAGCCCUGGCCACCUCCCGGCCCCCUGCGCUGCCGCCCCGGCGCCCGGGCCUGGCGGGCGCCCUCGAGCAUCGCUUCCAGGUGCGCUUCCACACCAGCCGCAUGUUCGGGUGCCUGCCCUGCGUGCGGUACCCGCCCUGCCUGAUCCGCGCCCUGGCGCGGCUGGAGCGGCGCUGCCGCUGCUGCUACCUCCUGCUGCUGGCGCUGCUGCUGGCGGCAGAGAUGCUCAGCCUGCUCCUCAUCUUCCUCCCCAUUGUCCUGAUGGUGAUUCUCUUCCUCAUCCUCGACAAAUAGCGCUGGCUUUGUGCCCUCAGGCCGAGCGUGCGUGGGGAGGGAGCCCAGCUCCGGCUCUGCCCGCGGCCGUGGUGCCAGCUGGGAGCGGGCCUGUGACCCUGGUGCCUGGGACACCUGGCACUGCCCGUGAGCCCCGAGCGGGUGAGGCAGCGGAGGAGCAGGAGCAGGCAGCAGGGGAGGCCACCCUGGAGCUGGCAUUACCUGCCCCGCGGCGCAGGUGACAUCGCUGCCGCAGCCAGGGGCGGAUGGAUGUGCCCUUCCUGCAAUGGGCACAUCCCUGCCUGGGGGCUGCGGGCCAGAGAGGCUCUGCGGGCAGAGCAGGGCUGUGCCACGGACUGUGCCACCUGCACCCCGGACAAACGGGCUGGGAUCCCCCAGCAUGGA